AUUACAGGGCUCGGAGCACCGCUGUGGCCUCUCACGGUGCUGCUUCGGCCCGAGCGCGGGGUGUCUCUUGGUGGGCCGGCCUGGGCGGUAACGCCGGUGGGGAAGGGGCAGGGGAUCCUUCUCCCCGGGCAGCCGCGCUCCGCCGCGCCGGCCGAGCCCCGCCUAGAGCUGGCGGGUGCCCAGCGGCCCGGGUGGCUCCCGUGGCACUGGAGAGCCCCGGUGGGCAGCCCCGUCGUGCCGCGCGUCGGCCUCCAUCCCUGCCGAGGCCGCAGCGGCCGCAGGCCUGAGGGCGGGCAGCCGGCACUGCUGAGGAGACGGGCUGCUCUGCCCUGCCCUGCCGGGAGAGGAACCAGAGAGCGAGGCAGCAAUGCCCCCGCGAAGCCCCACAGCUUCACUUCUGAACUGUGUCGGGGAGCGGAAUGUCAGCAUGCAGUUGCACCGCGGGGGUGGGGCAUAAUGUUUUUAACAACAGUAUUACUCCGAAAGAGAAUUCCUGGAAAACAAUGGAUUGGAAAGUACCGGCGACCAAGAGUGGUUACGCUUUCAAUGAAGCAAGCAAUGAUCCGAAGGCUGGAAAUUGAAGCAGAGAAUGAAUAUUGGCUGAGUCGACCUUACCUGACACGGGAACAGGAGUACAAACAUAACACAGAAGAGAGACAGGCAAAAUGGGAAGCUUUCAAAAGGCUGACGAAAGCCAAGUUUCCUGAGCAUAGAUACAUUAGUGAUCAUUUAAACCACUUAAAUGUGUCAAAAAAGUGGACAUCUUGAUUAAUACAGCGUAUUUAUAUUUGGCAUGUAUUACGCACUACCAUGGGAUCUGCUGUUGUACUUAUUAUGGUAGUUUUGUAACUAACUCAGUAUAAUAAGGGUAGAUGACAAAUAAGACCUUGCUACAGUAUACAAAAUCUUACAUUAAAAGUAGUCCUACAGAACAGUA